CGCACAGUCUUCAUUGCCUCUCGGUGGCGUUCGCAUCGUCGCCGCUUCGGUCCCUCCAAAUAAAUAAACACUAUCUAUCCAGCCGAACCGAACCAUCCUGAACUGAACCGAACCUAACUGAAUCGCAUUGAACGCAACGGCACCGUUCGCUGCGGAUUUGUUGACUUGCCAUGCACUCGUGUCAGUUGCGUUCUGCGUUCCGUGCGCUGCGGCUGCGUUACUAGCUGAAUUCCAGUGAUUUAUCUUAUUUACAGCAGUGAAAAGUACUUUAAACAAGUUUAAGACUUAUAAAUUGCCAACAAAUAAAAAAAAUCGUAAUUAACAUUUAAUAAAAAAAACUGGAACAUUCAUAGAAAUAAAACAUAAAACAUAAUGAACCUAUUGUUUUCCCUUUUUUUUCAAAGAGUUUUAAGUGAAUGUAAAAAUAAACUCAAAAUAUAACUUGCCAAUCUAUUUGGUUUUUUGAAAGAUUUCUUUAAAGUGACGAGUUCACCCAAAACUAAAAUAAUAAUAAACAUUUUAUAAAUACCAUUCUCUGUCUUAAUCGAUGGAAUAUUUAUGUUUUAAAUCGGUGAAAAAAAUGUUUCAUUAUCUACAGUAAUCAGUGAAAUAAACUACAUGAAAACACAUAAAUUACAAAUAAUCUAUAAAAAUGUAAAUGAAACAGAAAAGCUGAACACCAACGCUCACAAGAUUUAAAUGAUAAUACUGCAUUAGGCAAAUCAAAUAUUUGCAGAACAGCUGUUGAAUAAUUAGCAUAAUUCGGCAUUGGAACAGCAUUUUGGACUCUAGUUUGCAGGGCCACCCGUUGAUAAUAAAUUAUUAAUGCAUCUGCUGCGAAGGCUCUGCACGGCUGUCCUUGGCAGCAAAUCCAGUUGCAACAUCGGUGAGUGACGGACGGCAAUCACAAAGGACUUGCAGCAGUUGCCGUUACUGUUACUGUUGCUGUUGCUGUUGCUGUUGCAACAAUGGCCAGUGGCAACAAUGAAACUGAGCCGCUCUACUGCGGCAGCGGCAUGGAUAAUUUUCACACAAGCUACAAAAACAUGCAUGGCUAUGUUUCGCUGGUGGUCUGCAUCCUGGGCACCAUCGCGAAUACCUUGAAUAUCAUUGUGCUAACUCGACGCGAGAUGCGCUCCCCCACGAAUGCCAUACUCACGGGUCUGGCCGUGGCCGAUCUGGCAGUUAUGCUGGAAUAUAUACCCUAUACCAUACACGACUAUAUACUAACCGACAGUUUGCCGCGGGAGGAGAAGCUCAGCUACAGCUGGGCCUGCUUCAUCAAGUUCCACUCGAUUUUUGCCCAGGUGCUGCACACCAUCUCCAUUUGGCUGACGGUAACGCUGGCUGUUUGGCGCUAUAUUGCGGUGGGUUAUCCGCAGAAGAAUCGCGUGUGGUGCGGAAUGAGAACCACCAUCAUAACGAUAACCACCGCCUAUGUGGUGUGUGUUUUGGUGGUGUCGCCGUCGCUAUAUUUGAUCACCGCUAUUACCGAGUAUGUGGAUCAGUUGGAUAUGAAUGGCAAAGUGAUAAACUCCAUUCCCAUGACCCAGUAUGUCAUUGAUUACCGUAAUGAGUUGCUGAGUGCCAGGGCGGCUGCUCUGAAUGCCACGCCCACUAGUGCACCACUCAACGAAACGGUGUGGUUGAAUGUGAGUUCCUUGGCGACAACCACCUCUGCACCACCCACUCCAUCGCCAGUGGUGCGAAAUGUUACGGUCUAUCGGUUGUACCACAGCGAUUUGGCCUUGCACAAUGCCUCGCUGCAAAAUGCCACAUUUCUCAUAUACAGUGUUGUGAUCAAACUGAUACCCUGUAUAGCACUCACCAUUCUGUCGGUUCGAUUGAUCCUGGCCCUAUUGGAGGCCAAGCGGCGGCGAAAGAAGCUCACCAGCAAACCCGCCACUCCGGCUGCCAGUAAUGGAACCAAAUCGGCGGCCAAUGGAAAAGCCGCGGAUAGACCACGGAAAAAUAGCAAAACUUUGGAAAAGGAAAAGCAGACGGAUCGCACCACAAGGAUGCUGCUGGCGGUGCUACUCCUCUUCCUCAUCACGGAAUUUCCGCAGGGGAUUAUGGGUCUGCUGAAUGCCGUACUCGGAGAUGUCUUCUAUCUGCAGUGCUACCUAAGACUGAGUGACCUGAUGGACAUUUUGGCCCUGAUCAACUCCAGCAUCAAUUUCAUUCUGUACUGCUCCAUGAGCAAGCAAUUCCGCACCACAUUCACGCUGCUCUUUCGUCCGAAAUUCCUGGACAAGUGGCUGCCGGUGGCGCAGGACGAGAUGGCAGCUGCUCGGGCAGAGCGCUCUGCGGUGGCACCUGUCCUCGAGAAGGGACGACAGCAGCAGCAGGUGGUGAUGGCCAGCACGACCACCAACAUCACACAGGUGACAAAUCUGUAGCACAGGAGGAGUCGUGGUCGCCGAACCUUGCUCAGUCGCCUGCUGAGUGUCCUGAAACGCGGCAGAAGGCGCUCCUCCGGCGGAGGAGGUGCGCCAGGUGGCGGUGGUCCUUUGGCCGGGAACGAUGCGGUGGAACCAGCAUUCCAGGCCAUCGUCGUGGUGGUGGACAAAGGGAGCGGGGCCACGGAGCACCAGCUGUGCACCGCUGAACAAGCUCGAAUUGUGACGUAGUAACCCUGAUAGUAUACUAUAUAUUAUAUGCCUAGUUAUCCUUGUAAAAUAAACUAGUUGUGUAAGAAGCCGGAUAACCACGAGUUAUGUGCAUACUUUGGUGAGAAAUCGUAAAACCCGUACAGUAAUAAUAAUAAAACGCUGGUUCAUCACUCAUACACACCAUUUGACUUCACUCUAUUCAGCAUUCACUGUCAAGUAGAAGCUGUAAAAAUGCUGUGCAUAAGCCAGCUCGGAUAAACUACAGCUGGGGUCGAAACAAUAGUAUCAUUGGGUUGGUUUCAAAAAACUUAAACUUAGAUUAAAGUCAGAAGUAUAUAUAGUUUUGUAUAAUGUUUAUUAAUAUCUAUCUUGAUCGAGAAACUUUCGCAUACUGGCAAGUUAGCAAGUGGUUUAUUUUCUCCACUUGACCCAAUUGUACGCAGCUGUACAGCUUUUCGGCAUGAAUCACAUCAAAUAUAGUAAACUUUUGCAUCUUUUCCACUUUGAUGCCAUGCGUUUUCAUGCUGAUUUCAUUCGCAUAAAGUAUGCAACUCACGUGCUCACUCAAAACUACGAAUUUUCGGCAACGAUUUGAGCAGAAUAUUUGCCAGUUGUUGUGCAUAAAAUAUACACACAUUUAUGUCCGUAUCUCUAGUAAUGGCAAUUAUGUCUUAGAAAUUUUGACUUGAUAUUGAUGCAACCAUUGGAAAAAUAAGAGGCAGUUGCAGUGAGGUGCGUAGGUAAUUGAAAUACUUUCUGAGUUCUAUCAUUGGAAAUCGGAAUUUGGGCUGUGAAUGGAAUUAUAGUUUUCUUGAACGCACUUGGGAAUUCACACCCGAUUCAUGGGUUUACUGAAUUUAUGGUAAAUAAUUUAAGGCAGUCACUGCAGCUGACCGAAUAAUCCAAUGAAACAAUGCAUAAAAAUUUGCAUUUUUUUCCACUCUUGGGAAAAUUGUAAUUGCAAUCGCUUAAGCCCCUCGACGAAUGACAAAUGGCCGGCGAACGCAUAAUUUAUGGUGAUUGAAGUAUUUGCACUUGAGCCCCGACAAAUAUUUUCAAUCUCGUUAAUAAUGAACACAUAAAUCAAACUACCAAUAAGUACAUGUGAAUACACCAGAUAUAUGUAACUAUGUGUUGCUUAAACAACGAUUUAAUUAGCUGCUAAACGAAAAGAAACUAUAUUAAAUUUAAUAAAUUUAAUUAUAAAGUUGCCACUUUGCUUACUGAAAGUAAGCAUAAAUAAUAGAUUAAUUGUUGUUUGUUAUGCCUAUUUAAAUUGACGGAUAAGUGUGAUUUAAGCUACUCAAUUAACGCAUCGAGAGCCACAAAAAAGUUUAUUAGAGUGUAAUUAAGUUUUUAUAUAACUAAAAUGGUUUAAAUCGAAUUGAAAAGCUCACUGAUUGGUGUUUAAAUUAAGCAAAAGCUAAACAUAAUAAAAUUAAAUUGAACACA